AUGCUGCUCAGCUCACUAAGUCUACUGCUCUUGGCGCCAAUUUACGCUGCUGCGUCAAAGGCAUCGAGACAUCAUCCUGACGAUGCGUUUUACGAAUCCUUGACGCUUCAUCCACUACCUGAUGGAAGGAUGUCUGUGCUAUUUCAGUUUGAAACCGAAUUCUCUUCUCCAAGAGUUUUAUCGAGUACCUCUCAAUCACAUCACUCGUUAACGCCACCAUCACUCAUACUACCCUUAGAACGGAACAAUGUAUCUGAAUUAACGAUUUCGUUUACAUCAGGAUGGGAUCAACAGAGAUCAUCCUCUUCUGGACCAUUACACUAUGAGUCGUCUGGUGGUGGUGGGGAAAUAAGGGGCUGGUUGAAAGAUGGUGAUGAUGUCGAAGAUAGAUGGAGUGCCGUUACACAUGCUUUAGGAGGUUUGUUCUGUGCUGGUUUGGGUCCAGGUGAUAGUGGUGAGAAUGUGAGGACUUUUGGUAAUAUAUAUCCUGAGAAACGACGGACGUCAAAUACGACACAUUUCCUACUUUCACAUCCUGAAUCGCACCUAUGUACUGAAAACCUUACUCCUUUCUUAUCCCUUUUACCUUCCAAAGGACUUUCUGGCAUAUCCAGUCUCCUCGCUCAACCUGGAAUCAUAUUUACCUGGGCAUCACAAUCUGAAGGGAUAGAAGUAUUGAUGCCCACUUCUUCAAACGACGGUGUGUGGAGAGGUUGGUGGGAAGGUAUAAUUGACCUUGUAGAUAACAAAGGCAAUAGGAAAAGAGAUUUCUCAAUAGAAGGCAUAUUCAAGAAGAAAAUACCAAAGGCAUUUCCUGAAACACAACAAUCGAUAUUAAGAUUAAUCAAAGAUGAUUCGACUGCUAUCACAGUACAUCCAUCGGGAAAGGAGAAAACAGAUUGGAUAGAUGGUAAAUUGAGGGAUAUAGUAGAAUGGGAUUUGUUAGAUCAAGACCUAAUAGGGGGAGACAUAAAUAUCAAUUGGGAUGAAGAAAAAUUCGAUUAUCCACGACAUAUACCUCCUCCACCAAUCACAAUCACAAGGACUGUGAUCGAUAAAUUAGCCUCGGACGGUACAUUUCAAAUUACCAUCAACAAUAACGAGGAUAUCGAACGAAAAGCUGUUUACUCAGAGCUUUGGCCUUGGUGGGUCAAAGGUUGGAUGAGCGAAGUCGAAUUGACAGUCCAAGGUGAAAAAAGGCCCGAAUUGAUAGAGAGCAUAUCAUAUAAUCCAUCUUUGCCACCUAAGAUAUCAACCUCUACCAUUCACUUCAAUGUUAUCAUACCACCGAAAUCAAAAUUGAUUCUGAAAAUACCAUUCUCGAAAUUGACUUUAAGAUACACAGAACAUCGUCCUGAUGCAGAAAGAGGUAUUGAGCUUCCAUCCGGUAUAUUGACUUUAUUAGAUACUAUACCUGAAUCCAGACACGAUCCUGAACUUGAAUCCGAAAGACGAGAUUCGUCUGUGGCGGGUCCAGAUGUAUCGAGGAAAGGUAAUGAUGCCAGGAAAACAGGAAGGAGAAGAAUCUAUACCAAUAGGUUACUGUUGGAUGUACCGACACCGGAUUUCUCCAUGCCUUAUAAUGUCAUCAUUAUGAGUUCAACAGUCAUGGCCGUUUUCUUUGGUUUGAUGCAAGGUGCAUUAACUAGGAAAUGGGGCUGGGUGGAAGUACCAAUAAUGAAGGGAGAGAGCGGCACGUCAAGCUUGAUGCAUGGAGAAACGAAAGAUAACAAAGUCUCGGUAGGGGCAGAUACGAGUAUAGUCGGGGGCUACGAGGUAGUACACGAAUCAGGAGAGAAAGAUCUAUCGAAGGUGACGAUAGAACAAAGUAAUCUGGUGAAUGGAGAUGCGGUCACAUGA